UUUCAUUAUUCCUUUUAUGUCCCUAUCUUUUUCCGCGUUUUUCUUUAUAAGGAUGGAACCCUAAUAACUGUUCAGUAUCAAUCCAUUAAAAAUAUCCAGCCGGAAGUUGCUCAGGUGAAAUAUUAGAGAAGAUGUAUCUCCAGUUUUACAUCAAUGAGAAUGGUGACAAAGUUUACACCACUAAGAAAGAGUCACCACUGGGUUUGGCCACACAAUCUGCUCACCCAGCCCGCUUUUCACCUGAUGAUAAAUUUUCAAGGCAAAGAGUGCUUCUGAAGAAGCGUUUUGGUUUGCUUCCUACCCAAAAACCAGCUCAAAAGUACUAGCCAUUUAUGUUCUCCAGUAUUGCUUUCUACUCGUAGUUAUUAAGGCGUCUUUGUCUAGCCGGUGUUGAUGUGAAUCAAUAAGUUAUGUAUUGUAACUCAGAUUGCAUGUCAACAAUUCAAACCCGCAUCUAGUAUUGAUGUUCUUUUUGGUUUAUUUGACUUGAUGGCGGAUGUAUGUCAUUUAAUUGUUUUCGUAUAUUUAAAAGGAGGCAAAAGGUGCUUCGAAUUUUAUA